AGGGAAGAAAGGCGGAAGGUCGCGACGUGGGGAAGAGUCAGAAGAGGAAGAUGAUGAGGAUGAUGAGGAGGAAGAUGAUGAAGAUGACGAUAGCAGAUCCAAAAAGAAAUCCAGAGAUGAUCGCCACCGACAGAAGGGAGGGAAAUCUGAUGUAGACGAUAAGAAAAAGAAAGGGAGGAAGAAAGACGGUACCCCGUCAAUCCCAAUUAGGGAUAUCCCCAGAAAAGGCUUAAAAAACAUGUCCAGGAUGUUCAUGAAGUUCUCUGGCUUCAAGAGGCGCAGAAACAGCAGGAAAAAGUUGAAAAGUACUUCACGUUUGUUCCUUGGACUGGGCAAGAGAAAGAGCCGACUGGCUAAGAAGAAACGCCGGAAGUCUGUGCAGAACGCUUCUCGAUUCAUGAUGAAGUUUAAGGCCAGCAAAAAGAAAAAAAAGGAGACCAAACAAAAGGCGGCAGGCAAUGGGAAGAAGCCAACCUAUAUGUUGCUCCGUUUGGGAGGGAAUGACUCAACACAAAAAGCAGGCUUUUUUAAAGGGUUAUUUGGGAAAAAAGACAAUGAUGGCCCAGCUGAAGGCUUCAAGAACAGAGGGUUUUUGCUGGGUAGGGUUGCAGCUGCCACUAACUGGUUGACGAAACGUUUUCUGUCUAGUAAAAUGAAAGGAAAUUCAAGAUCCCGUCGCUUUGGAGGAAGCAGAUCACACAGAGGUUAUCUCCAGGGUUAUCAUAAUGAUGGAUAUGAACAUGACGAGGGGGCAUAUGGAUACGACCAACAUCGGGCAACUUAUGGAGGCUAUGGUUAUGAUGGAUAUGGAGAUAAUGCUUCUGCUGCAUAUAGAGGCCAUGGUCAGUUUGAUUACUAUGAUAAUGGAGUAGGGGCAGCAGACUAUCAGGACUUAGGCUACUAUGAGGGAGAAGGGCUCUAUGAUUCCGCUGCAGAAUAUUAUCAAAGUGGCCUCUAUGCUGAUGGUAUGGGGGACUACUAUUCCUCUGCCCAAGACUACUACAACAAUCAGGAAGUUGAUUAUUAUGGUUACCAGCAACAACAACCAAUGGCAGCAUAUGGUGAUGAAAAUUUAGACUAUUAUGCCUUAAUGGGUGAGGACCAUAUCCAUGGAGGUGAAUUAGGUGCAUACCUAGACCCUCAUUCUCAGGGUUACUAUGAUCAAAAUGGUCAAGGACUGUACUACAAUGACGUACAAGCGGGAUACUAUGGCAAUGAGGAGGCAGGCAUUUAUGAAAAUCCCUAUGUAACACCAAUGGGAAUACAAGGCGGAUUUUCACAAGACUAUCAGCUUAGCUACAGUGAUGCUGGCGUGCCCUACCAAGACUACAGCGCACAGCAGGCCGUAGGAUUCUCACCAGGAAGCCAACAGGUCUAUGGCAUUGGAGUGCAAGGGAUGGAUCCAGUGCAAGGUCUGUAUGCAGAUCAAUAUGGAGCCCAGUUAGAACAGUAUGGGGAUGAUAGUGGGAUUCAGGGAGGAGACAUAACAUUCAGAGUUCCCAGGCCUCAAGUGCGCCUAUUUGGUAAAGAGCCUCUAGAUGUGCCUUUGCCACCUCCGCCUACCUUGCCACCUGAUCCAGAAUUUGAAGGCAUGUCCGAAAUCCAGUAUGAAGACCAAAUACCUCUUUCACCUGCUCAACAUCCUGACAUGAUGUCAAUGCAACAAAUGGCAAUGUCCCCACAACAAAUGUUGACAGUUCCUCAAGAACAAAUGAUGAUGCCUGGUCAACUACAAGCUGUUAUGCUUCCUCAAGAACAAAUGAUGUCCCCAGAGAUGAUGUCACAGCAACAAAUGAUGUCCCCACAGCAGCAGAUGAUGUUACAACAACAGAUCAUGCCACAAGAACAGAGCAUGUCCCCCCAAAUGAUGCCAGCACAGAUUAUGUCACCGCAACAGAUGAUGACCCCACACCCCCAAAUGAUACCACCUCAGCAACAGAUUUCCCAACAAAUGAUGUCACCCGAGCAACAGAUGUUGUCACAACAAAUGAUGUCAGCACAGCAACAGAUGAUGGCGCCACAAAUGUUCUCACCACAGCAAAUGAUGGAAGACCAGAUGAUGAUGCCACAGCAGCAAGCUUAUAGUCUACCUACAAUCCCGACUCCAACGGCUAUGAUUAUAAAGCAGGCAGGUAUGUCUCCGCUUCCUGGUCGGCGCCUGCAGCCCUCUCCGACUCCAUCCCGCCGCUCUGUCAUCUUGCCCUCCCCUCAGAUGCAACGUCAUCCCCCUGUCAUGGCUUCUCCAGUUCCAUCUCCGAUGCAUUCACAUAGACGAAGCCCCUCUCCACAGCCAUCCAUAAGAAGUGGGUUUGUUCCUGCUCAAAGAUCUCCCUCCAUUAUGUCAAGGCGUUUAUCUCCUCCAUCCUCCCCCAUGGCAUCCCCUCUUACUCGCCGCCGAAUGCAGCCUCAGAGAGUGCGGUCUCCUCCAGCUCGAAGACCAUCACCACCUCAUUCUCCUCGUACCUCCAUGAUACGGCGCAGUCCUCCACCCUCACCUAGAGCAUCAAUGAGGCGACGCUCUCCACCAUCUUCUCCUCGUGCAUCCAUGAGGAUGCGAAGUCCUCCAGCUUCACCUAUUCCCGCUCGUAGCCCAAUUAGAGGACGAAAGAUUCCAAGGCCAGCAUCUCCUCCCCUCUCACCGGGCUAUGCAUCUCCACGUCUUUCACCACAGCUCACUAGAAGACUGGGUCCCUCUCCGUCUCCUUCACAUCGCAGUUUUUCUCCUGCUGGACCUCAACCUGCUCCAUCAUCGUCAACCCUCUCCCGUCGAUCAACUCGCUUGCUAAGGGAACCUACCCCCUUAGCCAGGCCUAGGAUGGGGGGUAAUGUUCCCUUAGGUACUGUCAGGCCAUCUCCUAUGGGCCUCCGUGGCCGUCCAGUGCCACCCCCCACCCAGAACGUUCGCCCAUUCCGUGCCUCUUCUAUUCAUAGUAACAGAUCUUCUGUUCUAACUGUGGACUCUUCUCUUUACUCCUCCCCUUUUCAAUCCCCUCAUAUGGUCCACCGUGUUCCCCUGGGAAGGAGAGAAUCUGGUCAUUUUCCUCCUCGCCCUGUGGCUCGGGGACGUCCUCUCAUGGUCCAACAGUCCAUGAGAAGCAGACCUCCCUCCUCCCCACAGCCCUCUCUUAAACCUAUGCCACAUCUUACAUCCCCACGUCUCUCUCAACGACUUUCCCGUCAUUCCUCUCCUCUCCUGCCUCCUCGAGCUGCUCAUCCACCAACUUAUGUGCCGGAGACCAAUCUUUAUCCUGAUGCCUAUACUGACCAUUCUCCUCAGUUUUUUGCACCUGCUUCUCCCAUGUUAUCUGGAGCUCUGCAAAACCAGGCCAUUCGUGAUGCAUCUUAUUUCUCCCCACUGCAGAGACCAGUGUCUCCUUAUGAACAGCCAAUGAUUCCUUCUUCUCCCAUGCUGACUGGAGCUCUGCAAAACCAGGCCAUUCGCGAUGCAUCUUAUUCCUCCCCACUGCAGAGACCAGUGUCUCCUUAUGAACAGCCAAUGAUUCCUUCUUCUCCCAUGCUGUCUGGAGCUCUGCAAAACCAGGCCAUUCGUGAUGCAUCUUAUUCCUCCCCACUGCAGAGACCAGUGUCUCCUUAUGAACAGCCAAUGAUUCCUUCUUCUCCCAUGCUAUCUGGAGCUCUGCAAAACCAAGCCAUUCGCGAUGCAUCCUAUUCCUCCCCACUGCAGAGACCAGUGUCCCCCUAUGAACAGCCUAUGGUUCAUUCUUCCCCCAUGCUGUCUGGAGCUCUGCAAAACCAGACCAUUCGUGACGCAUCCUAUUCCUCCCCGUUGCAGAGACCAGUGUCCCCCUAUGAACAGCCUAUGGUUCAUUCUUCCCCCAUGCUGUCUGGAGCUCUGCAAAACCAGACCAUUCGUGACGCAUCCUAUUCCUCCCCGCUGCAGAGACCAAUAUCUCCUUAUGAACAACCUAUGGUUCCUUCUUCUCCUAUGUUGUCUGGAGCUUUGCAAAAUCAGGCAGUGAGAGAAACAUCUUAUAUGUCUCCCCUUCAAAUGCCUCAGUCCUCAUAUGGUCCAUCUGCACCAUCGUCACCCAUGCUAUCUGGAGCCAUGAGACAUAGUCAGGCACUAAGAGGUGUGGCUUCAUAUCAAACACCCUCCCUCCAUUCCCCAUAUGGGCCAACUGUGGUAACUCCAUAUGAUUAUAUUGCUGAACCAGGCCCAGCACCUUUGCUGCAUGAUGCCCUGCAGAAUCGAGCAACUGUACAGGGUGUCUCAUCUUUAAGGACCCCAAUGAUGCCACGCCGGAAUUCUUAUGCACCCACUUCACCCCAGCUGCAGCAUGCACUACAACAGAAUCCAAACCUUCGCCAAGCAUCUUAUCGGAUGCCUCUACAACUCACACACUCCCCAUAUGGUCCACCACCACCCUCUUCACCACUGCUUGGAAAUGCCCUGCAAAAUCAACAGUUGAUGCAGGCAUCAUACCGUCUGCCCGACGGAACACUGGUGUCACCAUAUGCUGAUCCACGUUCCUCUCCAUUGCUUGGCAGUGCCCUGCAAAACCAACAAGUCCGUGGAGCCUCAUAUAGAUUGCCAGAUGGAUCAAUUAUCAGGGACCCACGUAUUCCCCAGUCUCCUAACCUUUCCAGAGCUCUUCAGAACCAGAAUCUUAAGACUGCAUCCUACACCCUCCCUGAUGGAUCCAUCAUAGACCCUAGACAUCAAAAGCCCAUUUCUCCAAACUUAGCGAAUGCCCUGAACAAUCCAGCACUGCGUGAAGCCUCCUAUUCUCUCCCUGAUGGGACCAUUGUGAUUGAUCCCAGGAAACCAAAGUCCCCAAACCUUGCAGCAGCUCUUCAGAACCCUUACCUUAAAAGUGCAUCUUACACCCUACCUGAUGGUACGAUCAUCAUUGAUCCACGUAAGCCUGUGUCUCCAAACCUAUCUAGAGCCCUUGAAAACCCUGCACUACGUAAUGCUUCGUACAAGUUACCAGAAGGGACAGUGGUCACCAACCCCAACGCACCUGUAUCACCAAAUCUGGCAAAGGCUCUAAAUAACCCAGCCUUGAAGGGAGUUACCUACACUCUCCCAGAUGGAACUAUUAUCGUGGACCCAAGAAAGCCAAAGAGUCCAACACUGACAGCUGCUCUGCAAAACCCCUAUCUAAAGAGUGCCUCCUACACCCUGCCUGAUGGAACCAUCAUCAUUGAUCCACGAAAACCAACUGGCCCUGACCUGUCUAGAGCUCUUGCUAAUGAGAACAUGCGGCAUGCAUCAUAUCGGCUUCCUGAUGGUACCCUGAUUAUCCCGGGACAAAAGCCUAACCUUUCAUCGGCUCUAAGGCAGAACAUGGCGCUACGAUCUACAGGUCUCUAUCAUCUUUCAGACGAUUCUGUACUGUCAGGGGCACCCAAACCCACUCCUCCCAAUGUCGCCUCUGUGCUGCAGAAGGGGGAACUCAGUGCUUUCAAUUACAGACUGCCAGAUGGUUCUCUGCUCACACGUCGAUUCCACAACCCUAGUCUGUCUGAUGCAGUCCAGAAUCAGCAGCUUCGAUAUGCCUCAUACCGGGUGCCAACAGCACUGUAUGGUGAAGAUGGCCGCUAUGCUCCGGCGCCUCCAUAUGGGCCACACUCGGGCCACUGGGCCAAGAAUGCCCGAGCAGGAGGGGAUGGAGGGGAAGACGUGUGGGCAGCUGAGAGGGUUUUGCCACAUGGCACACUUCAGAACCUGUCAAAGUGGUCAAUGUACCGAGAUGAUGGGGUGUUGGAAGGCUACUUGCCCACGGCAUUGAAUGUACGUGGGCAAGUUAAGGAUACAGAAUGGACUCCAGACAGAGAGCAAAUACCUGGUCAACGCUGGUAUGACAAGAUCUAUUCCAUCCUGAGCAUGCCCACAACAAGCCACAGGGUGAAACGCUGGGCAGAGGGAAUGGAAGAUAUGACACAGCUGCCGGAGCUGAAUGAGACCACUGUUCUGAUGAACUUGAAAAAGCGCUACGAUCAAGAACUCCUAUACACCUACAUUGGCAGCAUCCUUGUGUCUGUAAAUCCCUACAAGUUGCUCAACAUUUAUGGCACAGACGUGGUACUACAAUAUGAAAGUCGCAGCCUGAGUGACAACCCUCCUCAUAUUUUUGCCAUUGCUAAUCUCUCGUAUACCACCAUGAUGGAUGCCAAAAAGGACCAGUGUAUUGUUAUCAGCGGAGAAAGUGGAUCAGGAAAGACUGAAGCUACAAAACUGAUCCUGCGCUACCUGACGGCCAUACAUCACAAACGCAACGUCUCACAACAGAUAGAGAUUCUAGAGGCCACACCCCUGUUGGAAUCUUUUGGGAAUGCCAAAACGGUGCGAAAUGACAACUCAUCACGCUUUGGCAAAUUCACCCAGGUCUACAUGCAGGAGGGUGUAAUCAGCGGUGCCAUAACGUCUCAGUACCUGUUGGAGAAGUCUCGCAUUGUCUUUCAGGCCAAAUCUGAGAGGAACUAUCACAUCUUCUAUGAGAUGCUGGCAGGUCUUCCUCCUAAUGAGAAACACUCACUGUAUCUGCAGGAAGCUGAAACUUACUACUAUCUAAAUCAGAAACACUACGCUGGCAAGGUCACCUACCAGGUGCACAAGUUCUUGGAUAAGAACUUCGACAUGGUCCGCCAGGAUCUCUUGGACCUCUUCAUCCAGAGCAAGAACAGAAUGGUGUCCAGCCUCUUCAUGAAGUACUCUGAGAGUGUGUCUCAGCAGCGGUCUAACAUGCGGCGUGGCAGCACGGCUCGUCGUUACCAGGCCAAUACGGUCAGCGCCAAGUUCCAGAUCAGCCUACAGGAGCUUGUGGAGAAGAUGGAAAGGUGUAACCCUUAUUUUGUGCGAUGCAUCAAGCCAAACCAUCAUAAGGAGCCAGGAGUGUUUGAUGUGGAUCUGGUAAACACUCAGCUGCAUUAUUCUGGAAUUAUGGAAACUAUUCAAAUCAAGAAGGAUGGUUAUCCAUAUAGACUGCCCUUUCACAGCUUCCUGCUCAGGUAUAAAUGUCUGCUUUGCAUGAAUGAUCCUCCACCAGCAGAUGGACAAAACUGUGUGAUGAUGCUGCAUAAGCUCUGUCCUGUGAAGACUGGCUCCUAUCAGCUGGGAGUCAGCAAAAUUUUCCUUAGAGAGGAGCUGUAUCAGCUUUUGGAGGGGAAGCGCGACCGCGUGCUACACAUCGCUGCCAUGACGCUACAAAGAUACACUCAAAUGUGUUUUGUCAGGAAGAAAUUCACCAAAUUCCGACGCUGUGUGGACCAAUUUGAAGCUCGCUGCAGAGGCUACCUGGCCAGAAAAAAGUUUGUUCUGAGGAGAAAGUACCUCAUAAGGUUCCGCUCAGCAGUGCUGCUCAUCGUUAACCGGCAGCGCUACAUGAGGACAGUGGUGAAGCCGAUGAGGAAGGCGGAGGAGGAUCGCAUCAACAGAGAGGUGGUGAAUGUGACAACACUGCCAAUCCCUGCAGAGCUGGCAGCACUGCUGCAGGCUGUCUCAGGUGGCUCAGAGCUUCAUUCUGACUGCUUAGCAGUGGUUCAAGCCCCAAAGGUUCAAGUCGACCCCCAGCUGACCUUGCCCCUGGAUGUCAACAACUACCUCAUGACGCACUAUAUCCGAGCCAUAUUCAGGGAGCCAGCGUUCGGGAUGCUCACAGCCCCACUGGAGAACUCUCUCACCAGAAUGGAUGAUGAGUUUAAAGAAGGAGCCCUGAAUGUUUUCAGCCUGAUACUGAGGUUCAUGGGGGAUCCAAACCUAAACGGCGCUCAAGAGAACCUGUUUGGGAACUACAUCAUCCAGAGAGGACUUGCCAACCGCGGCCUCCGAGAUGAGAUCUUUGCUCAGGUGGCCAAUCAGGUGUGGCGGAACCCUAACAUUUUGAAUUCAGAACGAGGCUGGCUCCUUCUGUCCUCCUGUCUCUCUGCCUUCCUGCCCUCUCAAAGAAUGACCAAAUAUCUGCUCAAAUUUGUUUCUGAUUACGGGCCAGAAGGCUAUGAUUGCGUGUGUCAGCACCGUCUCCUCCAGGGUCUGCAGCGGCUCAAUGUUGGGCCCGAAUACACCCGCACAUACCCACCCUGUCUGUUAGAAUGGACCGCCAAUCGCAAGAGAGCUCACACUGUCCUGCACGUGCAUUGCUUUGAUAGUGUUUCCUUUCUCUGUCCGGUCCAUUCUUGGACAACAGGAGAAGACAUGGGCAAAGACAUCUUACUGCACAGGGGUGUGGUUGAGGGACGUCAAGGCUGGUCAGUGCUCCUGAAAGAGCCGGCACAGUGGGUGGAGCUGGAGGGAUCCGACUACGUGCUAGACUUAAUGUCAGACCUGGAGCUUCCUGCUGACUUCCCCAAACAUACCAGUUAUUUCAUCAUUUCUGCACAGGAGUUUGCCAAAGUGCGGCCCAAUGCCAGCAUAAGCCUGUUGGGUGGUGGGUUUGAUAAGAAUGGUGAUGUCAUAUCUUCAACAAUACCUGGUUUCGAAGGACUCCCAAACCAAGAUUUGGAGCCUCAGAGAGGGAUGGAUCAUUAUCUUGACAGCCUGUUUGAUCCUGUGCUGUCUGAUGGAACUGGGGAUGUAGAAUCUGCUGCAGGACUAUCCAGCAGAAUGCGAGGAGCCGGUGGAGUCGGCCGAGGGUGGCAUGACCCACAGCCAGGACAGUCGUCUGGACCCCCACCUCCGCCUGGAGCUGUGAGAGUGCUUCCUGUGGGAGGUGUGAUGUCACCUCCUGUUGCUGCGGUGGCACCUGUAACACCUGAUGCCCAGCAGAAUGUUUUGGCCCAGCAGCAGCAGACUAUCAUCAACCAGCAGGCUGUCAUCGUGGCUCAACAGAUGACUAUGCAAGCUAUGGCCAUGGCCACCAGUCCAUUGUCCAGUCCUCCUACUUCUCCCAUCACAAGCCCUCCCAUGAGUCCUCUUUCCCACUAUCCUCCCAUCUCAUACACCCCCGCCAGCCCCUAUGCAGUGCUACCCCCCAGCCCGUAUGCCAAUAUCCCUCUGAGCCCCUACGCUAACUUUACUCCGACUACUUAUGCCACAGUAGACGUGCCACCCAGCCCCUAUCCUCCAAUUACUCGGCAGGAACAGUCUCCACCGCAGCCUGAAGCUCAACCCAACACCCAGCCACAGCGUCACGUCCCCAACCCACUGGAUCAGCCAAGCUCCUCCACAGCGGACAAACAUGAGUCCCCACAAACUAAAGCUAACAAGCCUGCACAGGUAAAGUCAGGUGAAGACAGCAUUCCUCGGAGGAAAGCUCCCGGCAUUCCCAUAAACAAAGAUAAACCAGCCAAGAAAUUUGCCCCAGUGGUGACAACUCCUCCACCCCCUGCUGGAGAGGUGGUGAAACACUCAGCUCGUUCUGCAGAGACCAUCAUUCCCAGCCAAGAUAUCAAAGAAAUCAUCAGACGCUAUGAUACUCCACCUCCACCACCAGAUCCACUGCCACCCGGCAAGAGGAGACAGGAGGGUAAGUUUAAGAAGACACAGACCGCUCGUGAUGAAGCUUUACAGAUCCUCAAACCUCAGAUGGAAAACCCUCCGGCGCCACAGCCCAAACAUCCUGCUGCCCCCUCACCUUCUGCAUCCGUGGUCAAAGAGGCAGGGUUUAAACCCACCAAGACCACGAAGUCCAGAGCACGUGACCUCCCCGUUCCUCCUCCAGUUUCUCGAGAGCUUCCAGUGGAGACAGAAACCACCCAGACACAACUUCAUCAAAGCACCAAUGAGGAGCACUACACAUACACCAACGUUCCAUGGAGACUGUACCUCAGGAAGGAGGUUUUCUACCCUAAAGAUAGCUUCAACAAUCCAUUGGUGUUGGACCUCAUUUUCAAACAGAUCGUGAAUGACACUCUCACAGAGUCGUGCGUUCGCAUCACCCGAGAAGAAAGGCAGAAAAUGAAAGCUCUAUUUGCUAAGCACAGUGUUGAACAGAACAUGGAUCCAGUGGAGGAUCCCGUGAAGAAAACCAUCGUCACGGCAGCCAGGGAGACCUGGGAAAUCUACUUUUCUCGACUAUUCCCUGCUUCCGGGAGUGUAGGAACAGGAGUCCAGGUGUUGUCGGUGUCCCACAGCGGCAUUAAGCUGUUAAAGACUGUGAAGAGCAGCGCCGCAGCUCCAGACUACUUCAGAGUCCUACGACCGUACACUUAUGCAGACAUCCUGUUUGUUACCAUCCCGUCUGAGAACAUGCUGGAGUUCAACCUGACCAACGAGAAGCUUAUCCUCUUCUCGGCCAAAGCACCACAAGUAAAACAUCUUGUCGACACCUUCAUCAGUGAGAUCAAAAAGGAUUCAGACUACGUGAUCGCAGAGCGUAAUUUCGUAACAGACGACCACUCAAUGCUCAGUUUCCACAAAGGUGACAUCAUCAGGCUGCAAGUGAUGGAUGGGCUGGGAAAAGGUUACAGCUACGGCUCUGUGGUGAGAAAAAAAGUUGUGUUUUUGGAGGAGCUGAAGCAAGACACUCGAGACUUUGGUUGGAAGUUUGGGGCAGUGUUCGGCCGGUCUGGUGCUUUCCCAACAGAGUGCGUUCACCCCGUUGCACCCCCUGACUUCCUUUCCCUGCCACUUGACCGUAAAGCAGAGCCACGAGGAGGAGCGGGUCAGUUUGCUGCAUCAUCAGCCAUUGCGGUUGCUGUGGCGUCCACCAUGGCCGCGCAUGAGAUCGACCAAACUCUGGAGAAGGUUUCACUUGAUGGCUUCACUGACAGAGAGCUGGACGAGAGGACUCUGCAGGACACUAAAUACGACAUGCUGGAGUUUGCUAAGAAGUACUUCAGACAGAGAUAUUCCCUCAAGAGCAAGAACAGAGAUUCCAGGGAACCUGCUGAAAUGAUCAAGUUCUCCAAGACUCCCCUGUCUGUGUCUCUGAUAGAUUUUACAGAUACGACUAUGAACAGAGUGGCAGCUGAUCUCUUCCUGUCGGUGAUGCGCUUCAUGGGUGACUCUCCAUUAAGAGGACUGACAGAACAGGAAGUGGUCAGCACUUUCCUCAAGCUCAUUGGGGAGUUCUCUUUGAUGAGGGACGAGGGAUAUUGCCAAAUCCUCAAACAGCUCACUGCGAACACCAGCUCCAAACUGGACAGCUGCCAGCGGGGCUGGAGGCUGCUGUACAUCCUGACCUCUUUCCACCGCUGCUCUGAAGUCCUCAAACCCUUUCUGGUGAAAUUCCUGCAGCAGGCUUCUCGCGGUGCCGGCGCGCAGUAUCAGGGCAUAGCUAAAGCAUGUGAGCAAAACCUGAAGAAGACUUUCCAGUACGGUGGACGUAUUGUCCCACCGAACAGUAUGGAGCUCAAGGCCAUGAUGGCGGGACGUAGUUCCAAACGCCAGCUGUUCCUGUUCCCCGGAGGCAUCGAACGACAUGUGAAAAUCAAAACAUGCACGGUUGCUCUGGAAGUGAUUGAAGAACUGUGUUAUGAGAUGAGUUUGCACAGACUGGAAGCCAUGGAAGAAUACGCCAUAUUCGUGGUCACCAAUAGAGGUCAGAAUGUGCGUCCUCUGAACAGGCACGAGUACAUUCUAGAUGUUGCCAGUGAAGCAGAGUCAGUAGACACCAGCUACAGUUUUUGGUUCAGACGGGUCGUCUGGACUCAACCGCUCAAGUUUGACAAUGAGCUCUGUGUUGCUAUGCACUACAACCAGCUCCUACCUGACUACCGUAAAGGUCUCCUAAAUGUUCUUCCACAAGGCAAAGUGAGCGAUCAGCAGUUCCACCAGAUCUCCAAACUGGCAGCUUUACAGCACCGAGCCAACGACAUCGUCUUCAUCCCCAGCAUACAUGAGUUAUCGGAGUAUAUCGCCGCACCUCUGUUCAAAAAGCAGCCUCCCCAACAGUGGGUUACAAUGGUGACGCAGCACAUGCAGCAAGUACAGACCCUGAGCCCACAUCAGGCCAGAGCACAAUUUCUGGGCCUGGUCAGCGUGUUCCCCAUGUUUGGCUCCUCCUUCUUCUACAUCCACAGCAGCAGUUCCACCACUUUCUACGCCCCAUGUAUUGUUGCUGUCAAUCAAAAUGGUCUCCAUUUCCUGCACAAAAAUACACACGAGACCAUGGCGGUGGUCCCCCUGGGGGAGGUACAGUCCAGCCGCACCCAGAGGCCCACCGCUGGCAGUAGUUACCCGUACGUAGACCUCACCCUCGGGGAUGUGAACACACAACGGGUCAUUCAGAUGCAGUUGGAGCAGGGGCUGGAGCUGUGCCGAGUCAUCGCCAUGCAGGUGGAAAACAUGAUGUCUGCGCGGGAGAAGAGACUCACGCUGCCACCCAGUGAAAUCACCAUGUUAUAGCACGUGCACGCUUUACUGAACACACGUGCAAUUGUGCAUGCAGAUGCACAUGAAGUAGUGUACUA